AUGUCUACGCCAGAGGUACCACUUCCUGUCAGCCUCCAGCAACGAUUGAUUAGCGCCAACGUGGGUUCCUCCAUGCUCUUCAAUUUCCUUAUGGCCCUAUUCGUCACUGAGACAGCUCUAUCUGGCCUUCUCGGACCCGAUGCGAGUGACGCACAGGCAGCUUUGGGAAACAACAUCUCAAGCGCGUUGGUGUUCGUAUCCCUGGGAACAACAGUAUCUACAACGUUCCUCAUUGGAUAUCGUGUCCAUACGGCAUCCCGACUCAACGUCCUUCAUAGGAGACAGGCGUUCAACUACGUUAUAAAUAUGAUUGUGGAAUCAGCCGCGGCUUACACAGUCGUCCUUCUCCUAUGGGCGAUAAUAAUCAUCAUUCCCUCAACGAGCUUUAUACAGUCGCCCUUCUCUGAAGCGGACUUGUAUAUUCAGGUUGUGUUGGGAAUUGUUGCUGGCAUGGCGCCGACAGUUCUGGUGGCCCGGAUUGCAUUGAAAAACAGCGGUGGAGGUGGUCCCUCGCAUGUGGCUAGCGCCCAAAUCUCCGCGUUGGACUUUUAUUCUUCUCAUGGCACACGCCAGGAAACGGAUGCAAGUGAGCGCAUCACUUACGAAACCUCUGAUGCUACAGAGGAGUUAAAGAAUAACUACAAUGUGACGCCUAUGUUGGGAUAA